AUGGCGACUGCGGAGCAGGUCGUCCCCCUUGCAGACAGGCGCGCUCUUCGCGAGCGCUAUGUCGGCAAGAGCCUGCUUGACCUACCCACGCCCGGAAUCAUCCUGGAUGCAGACCGCAUACGACGUAACUGCCGGGCCAUGCUCGAAAGCUGCCAGUCAUUGGGCUUGCAAUGGAGAGCCCAUGUCAAGACACACAAGACGAUCGAGGUAUCGCGUCUUCAGGUUGGAGAGGACAAGACUCGCCCAGCCAACUUUGUAGUCUCGACACUGGCCGAGCUCGAAUUCCUCAGUCCAUUGCUGGCGUCGUACAAAGCCGAGGGGCGUGACUGCAACGCCAUCUAUGGGUUUCCUGUCUCCCCAGAGGUCGUCCCGAGGCUGGCCAAAGUCCUCCAAAGUGUGGGGCCGGGCAGCGUCGGACUUCUGGUCGAUUGCGCGGCCCAGGUCGCCACGGCAGCGUCCAUCAAGACCAUGAGCGGCGGCGUUUUACCACUCGUCCAUGUCAAGGUCGACGCUGGCGCCCAUAGGGCUGGGCUUGUUCCGGGCACCCGCGCGUUUGAGGACUUGGUCAAGGCCCUGCUCGAAGCCCACGCUGCAGGCCACCUGGUCUUCAGUGGCCUGUAUUCGCACGCCGGCCACUCAUAUAAUGGUGACUCCCGCCCAUCGGCCGUCUCCAUGCUCGUCACGGAGCUGGACAUUAUGAUCCGGGGUGCUGCUUACACAACAUCCCUGCUGCCUCCGCCGUCCCCCCAACUAUCCCUGACAAUCUCCGCCGGCGCGACCCCUACGGCCCUUGCUAUUCACAAUGUCACCGUGGCUCACGAGCCUGACGAGGGCGAGCUCACGUCCUGCAACAAGCUGUCCGCCUUACUGCAGAAGGCCGCGGCAAGUGACCUGAAGGUUGAGGUUCAUGCAGGAGUGUAUCCAUUUUUGGAUCUCCAGCAGUUGGCAACCAAGAGCGCCCCAGACAGCGUGUUGUCCUGGGAGAAUCUGGCUAUGACAGCAAUAGUCGAGGUGGUCAGUAUUUAUGAAGGCCGUGCGAAGGACAGCGGGACCGAGGUGCUAGUACGCGCUGGUAUCUUGGCGCUCGGCCGGGAGAGUUGCAAGGCAUACGGUGGACUGGCCAUGGUUGCGCCAUGGGGCAUCGAAGGCGCGACCAUGCCCAGAGGUAGCGUGGAAGACAACGCUGAUGGCUGGGCCGUUGACCGCAUCUCACAGGAGCACGGCAUCCUGACGUGGUUGGGUGCUGAAAAAGGUCGAAAGGCAACCCGUCUGCAUGUUGGCCAGAAGCUUCAAUUGUGGCCAAACCAUGCAUGCAUCACCGCGAGUCCCUUUGAUUGGUACUACGUCGUGGACAGUGCACAAGGGGCAGGUGAGGUGGUUGUGGACGUUUGGACAAAGGCUAGGGGCUGGUAG